AUGACUUUAUGUCGGAUUCUACUAUUCUUGAACUGCUUCUUAUUAGUGUUUACAGAUCAAAAUUGCAAUUAUUUGAGUAAUUAAGAAUUAAAAAUAAAAUCAAUACUUCGAGGUUAAUACAAGGAUGUAGCAUCUGAUUCUAAUGGAGCAAUAGUUUCAAGUGCAAGAUAAAUUGUUUUUGUUGGGAUCGUCCAAUAUUCUAGUCCAUUACGAGAUCCAAUUUAUGCUGUUCAACAUGAUAGAGAGCAUAUUGAUACAUAUACUUUGAUUGAAGUUUUAUUUGCAUAAACUUAUGAGUUAAAUUAAAUAAUAGUAUGGUUCUACGAUUUAGACAAUAGAAACUUUUAUUUUUAACUAAUUGUCAAAAAUAGAGAAAAUAUUGAAAAAGUAGUGUUUUUAGGUUAGAGAGUGUAAGGAAUAGUCAAAGUUAACUUUUCAGAUCAAAUGGUAUCCAGCAUAAAAUUAAUUUAUAUGCCUGGUGGCACAGUGAAUGAAUUAACUGUUAUCAAAAUUUAAGCUUAUUAUGCCAAUAGAGCUUCACCAUGA